UAUGACAUUGUAUGUUUACGGGUGUUUGUACUUUCUUUCUAUUUUCAUUUUAUAAAAACAUUUAUUUAUUAAUAGAUAUAUUUAUAACAUUUACUUCAAAUAUACUGUUCUUAUUAUGUUUCACAUUUAAUUAAAAAUAAUACUACAGCAAUGGCUUCCAAUACACAUCAUAAAAUAAAAUCACAAUGUUCAGUGGAUUCUAGGCAUAAAAUGAAAGACAAACAUGGACAUCAUGCGAAGAAAGUGCCUAGUAAAACAAAACAGAAGCCUCAACAUAGAAUUCAAACUGAGUAUAGUCUGGGUGUGAGAAAUAUUAGAACAGAUGAUAUAAUUACUCAAGAUGAGGUGGAUUGUAAGUGUAUAAAAAUUAUUGGCCACUUGGAGAGCGUGGAUUGGAAACAGUACCCUCGAGACUAUCGCCCAAGUCCUGGCCAGCUGGCACUAGGUGACUGGACAUUGAACAAUUUCAUCUGGAUGAACUAUGUGCCAAAAACUGACGGUGCAAUAGUGGAUGACGAUGUUCUCUUGAGCAAAGAUACAGCAUACUGGGACAUUGAAGAAGCACAGCGAUAUUUUCAAGCUAUGCUGCAUUGUGAGGAAGUGAUCCUGGCCUUCCAAUAUCCAUACCCUAGGUUACCCACACCCUUAGGCAAUUAUUUAUGGAGAGCCAAUGUCGCAACAAAAUUAGAAUCUAAUAUCUAUCGAGCUGAAGUGCAUUGCGCGAUCGAAAUAACGCUAAAGAAAAUGGAAGUAGAGAGAGCUCAGAUGGACCGAAUCACAAUAUCUGGUUGCUACGUCAAACUUGCACGACUUGAUUACUUUAGAAGGAAAACCUUUUUCCGACUCCUGUGUAACAUAAUCAGUUUCCAAGAUGACCUUCAACUGGUUUCCUUCGAAAACUUACGCUGCAGCAGGCUCGAAGGUGUGCGGCUCAUACAACAGCUGGCUUGCUUCAACGCACACACUUUAAAAUAUUUGUUCCUCUGGAGAUUCGUCUUGCCAAAUGAAAACCCUAUCCUUAUUAACUACUCGUAUUUGACCGGUAGUGGGCAGUAUAUACCCAGGCCGGAUACAAGAAAAUGCUUUAUCCGCAGUCUCGGAGAGUUGACGAACUUACGAGUUCUAGCUCUAGAAUAUGCACACAUAGCCGAUGGUACUGGAGUAUCACUGUUGUCUCUGUUGCCGGUGAUUAAGAGGCCACAUUUCCGAUUGCAGUUAAUUUGCAGAGAAGAUUCGACCCCCGGCCGGACAGAUACCUCGCUAGGAGCUGGAGGGUACGACAUUCCCGACACCGUCUGGAGACGCGUUGCCGUUGCUUGUCCUGACAUCUACUUAUUCAUGGCUUUCUUUUGCAUUCGUGACUACGACCAUGUCAGAAGGUUUUUGACGCCCAGUAUUCCACUCCGGGAAGUGCACUUACAAUUCGGCAUCGAUAUGAACUACGCUCAACGGCAGGAUUCUGACAUAAGCUGCUUCGUGCGGCACAUAGCAUAUCGUUACGGUAAUAAUUUAGUUACUUUUGGUAUUCAUCAAUGGAGAUUUGCAGUGUUCCCAUUGCGACGCAUUUUGGAAUCAAUGCCGAGGAUUGUACGUUUCUUCUACGUCGGCAAAGUUGAAGACGAAGUUGAUUUAAAAAGAUUAUUAAACUUAAUAGCCUAUGGAGUUUGUAAAAGUCUAUUAGAGAACCCUGUCCGCCUUACAGUUGCUGAAGGUUUCACUCUCAAGUCUUUCUUCUCAAAAAACUGGACGCAAUAAGAUUUAAAACAAGUACAAAUACAGAUACAGGACGAUGAAGACAAAAGUUCUUAUUGGAAAGACGUUGUUGAAUCAUUGACUGAAGAGUUUGCAGACAUCGUGGAUUUAUAUAACAUAAAACUAUGCUUAAGCGUCUAUAAGAGCUGAUACAAACGCUAUUGUGUCUUUGGAACAGGUACAACCAAUAAAUGACAACCACUUUUGAAA